AUGGCUACUGCUACUGCCACCACUACAAUGUCUGACGCGACACGUCCCCUCGUUACAAAGUGGUCUUCGAGAUAUCGUGGGGCUACCGUCGAAGACCUUGACCCCCCAGCCGCGCUGUCUCUCAAUCCCUCCGAUGCCAUUUCUCUAGCACUCCUCUCCGCCUUCGAGCGCGAUUACACCCACUUGACCAUCGUUGACUCCGAGACACGUGCUCUCCUGGGUUACAUCUCUAUCCCACACUUGCAGUCGUUACUCGACUCAGGCAAGGUCAAGCCCAACGACCCUCUUUCGACCGCCAUGACACGUUUCCAGCGCAAGGGCCGCAGCUACAAGGUCAUCACCAUGGAGACCACCCUUGAAGAGCUCGAGGACUUCUACCGUGGAGGUGUGACCGAUGGGCCUUGGAAGGAGGAAUUUGCUGUUGUUACGGACGAAAAGAGAAGGUUUGUCCUUGGCGUUGCGACGGUGCAGGAUCUUGAGGAGUUUGUGAAGCGAAGACCCGAGUAA